AUGAGAAUGAAUAAAUAAAUUUUUAAGUAUAUAUUUAAUCUAAAUUUAAGAGGACAUGAAAAUCACAUCAACGCUAUUAAAGCAUUAUGUUUAGUACCUUAUUUUUUUAUCUUUACUUGCACAGUUCCAGGGUUUUUGUUUCUUUUAUAAUAUUUUACUAUUGAAACUAAAGAUCCAACAUUAUUUUAAGUUUUCAAAACCAUAUUAAGUUGCUUAGGAUUUCUUAUUUUCUUUAUGUUCUUAUAAAAUGCUCAUAUUAAAUUAGUUGUUUCGCAACUCUUUAAAAUGAAAGAAAAAUCAAUUUAUGAUUUUUAAAUAGAUUUGUUUUCUGGCUUGGAAGAGUUUGAACUUAAAAAAAGUGAUGUUAGCAAAUAAGAAUGA